UGUCACGCAGUUACAACUGUCAAAAUAAUAUGUCUCAUUUUUGUUAAGUAAUAAAAAAGUGUUGUUUCAUCAUUCUAGACCAUGAAUCCCGACGAUUUUGAACUGGAAGAGAAAUUGAGAUCGCUGAGUGUCAGUGAAGAGUCGGGUUCGACAAACAACGAGCGAGAACAUCAAUUAGCCGAGUUAAUUGCAAAUUGCGUUGCCGAUGUGGAACCGAGAGACAGCCAGCCAGAGGAUGACAAGAAAGAUCUCUCUUCCGGCGAAAACAAAGAGGGCGAGUUACUUGCAACUUCGCUGAUCGUGACCAAUCUUCCCAAUGAAUUGUUUUUCCAGCAAGAACUUAAGACAGAGCUAGAGGCCCUGUUCAGGACUUUUGACGAAACAGCUACUUUCCACUAUUUGCGCAGCUUUCGCAGGGCCAGAGUUGAUUUUUCUUCCAACAGCAUCGCUACCAAAGCCAGGGUCCACCUACACCACACACCCUUUGGGGAUAGUGUCAUGAAUUGUUUUUUCGGACAGCCACCACUCAUCAACAAAAAUUCUCAACAGUUUCUUCAGAUCCCUCCACCUGUCAGGCAGUUCCUCAUUUCCCCGCCUGCCAGUCCCCCUGUAGGCUGGGCACCAGCCCCUGAAUCGGGCCCAGUUGUCAACUUUGAUCUUUUGUCUGCCAUUGCUUCACUCGGCCCAGGCGACAAACACGAGCUUCUACCACCAACAGAUAACCAACCAGGAAUUGUCGUUCACGUUUGCGCCGACAUGGAUGGAAUUGGACCCAAACAACACGUCAUCACUCAGACGCCAUGCCCGAAAAGAAACUAGUCAGCAGCUUCAUUAUUGCAAAAAUCUAACAACCAAAAAGAAAAAAAAUGAAUCCUAAAACCGAUUUAAUCAACUAAUUUAUUGUUAAAAAUUUUGAUUGUCGUAUUGUUUGAAAAAAUAAUUGUUUAAAAAACUUUGUUUCCAAUAAAUGAAUCAAGUGGUCAACACAUA